GGACCUCAAUAUGAGCAAGCUGCUGUCUGUGUCAAUGGAUGGACCAAAUGUAAAUUGGCGUUUUUUUGAGCUGCUGCAACAGGAAUACGCAGAGCAGUUUGGGGGUGCCCAGCUGAUAGUCGUUGGCAGUUGCGGCCUCCAUACUGUCCACAAUGCUGUGAAAUGUGGAUUCACAUCUUGGAAUGUGGAAAAGUUGCUGAGAGCCCUGCACACAAUAUUCCUCAACGUACCAGCAAGACGAGAGGAUUUCUGCAACCUGACCAAGUCAAGCACUUUCGCUCUACCAUUUUGUGGCCAUCGUUGGGUGGAAAAUCUUCCGGUGGUUGAAAGGGCCAUUCUCAUCUGGCCAAAUAUCCUUCAAUAUGUUGAUGCAGUGACCAGAAAGCUCCUCCCGAACCCUGGAACCUCCUCAUUCGACACCAUUGAGGCAGCAGCCAAGGACCCCCUCAUCAUAGCCAAGCUCCAUUUUUUUAUGGCAGUGUCCCGGAGUGUUUCGCCUUUCCUCACAACAUUCCAAACUGAUGCGCCAGUGCUGCCUUUCAUUGGAGACCACCUGGCUGAACUGCUGAAGAGUCUGCAAAGGCGAUUCAUCAAAGGGGACCUCCUCCACGACGCGACCCCUCAGCAGUUGGUGCGAAUGGAUGUGAGUGAGAAGUCAUCCCAGGUGCCAGUAAAAGCAGUGGACAUUGGAAUUGGAGCUGAGAACGCCAUAAAGGAACUUCAGAAGCAGAGCAGGACCACAGGAGAGCUGUCAGUCCUUCAGUUCAGAAAGGACUGCAUGGAGGGUCUUGUGAGGAUAGUCAGGAAGAUUCAAGAGAAGAGUCCUCUAAAGUACUCAACAGUGAGACAGAUGAGGUGUCUCAAUCCAGCCCGCAUGUACUCGAGUCCAGAUUUAUGUCAGACACAAAUGAAGGGGUUGGUGAAACAGUUCCUGCAGGACAAGAGACUGGAUGGAGGCGUGUCUGCUGGUGAUGUAAUCCUUCAACAGUUUGCCCAGCUGUUGUCCGACGUGAGGCGUGACCCAUCCUUCCCGGCCUUCAAGCCCAUGGAGACGAGACUUGAUGCCUUCCUCCAUCAGCAUGUGAGCGGUCGUCAUCCAGAGCUCUGGGCUUUCAUGCAGAAGCUCCUGGUGCUGUCUCAUGGGCAGGCAACUGUCGAGAGAGGAUUCUCGAUAAAUAAAGAAGUGGAGACAUGCAACAUGCAGGAGGACACUUUAGUUGCACACAGAAUUGUCUGCGACUUUGUGUCAAGCCAUGGAGGGGUUUCAAAGGUCCCCCUCACCCAAGAGCUCCUCAGCUCUGUGUCAUCUGCAAGAAGCCGGUACCGCAAUUAUCUGGAGACAGAGCGCCAGAAAAGGGAAUCUGGGGCCCAGUCGCUGAAAAGAAAGGCUGCUGAAGAUGACCUUGAGCAACUGAAGAAAAGGAAACGUGCGGUGCAAGAAGUUGCCGACAAUCUUAUCCACGACGCUGACCGGCUGUCAGAACAGGCAGAGGGGGUGCAAGGAACCAAGAUGGCUGAGCUCAUUGCCAAAUCAAAUGCAUUCAGACGGAGCCAUAAAGAAAAAGUGUCAGAAUUGAAGAAGCUGGAGGACCUCAUUGCAUCCAAAGGGGACGAACUCCGUAAAAUGUAGUACGACACACACA